UUUCGGAAACAAAGCGAAAACAAUAUUUAUUUAAAUGUAAAAAUCAAAAUUGACAGCAAUGUUUAACGUCCAGCUGUUCAAAACACAAUUCCCAAGUGUACAACUUGAAAUUUUUACGUGUGCGCCUUCCAAAUAAAUUGUAAACGAAGCACGGUCUGUUUCGUUUCAAUCUGUUGAGUCGAUGCGAUCCGCUCGGCGCGCGCAAAAAAAUUUGGUGGGAAUCCGCGGCGUGGUGUCCGCAUCGCAUCUCUCGCAGCCCGCAACCGCACCAGCCCAGCAUGGCGCAACAGAUCGACGAUCUUUUUGAUUGUUUCAACGACGACGACGACAACGAUGAGGACAACACCACCAGCAGUGAUGCAGCCGGCAAAGAUGCCGCUGCCCGGCAAGACGAGAUGGCCAAGCGAGUCGCCGCCGUCGACAUCAAAAACUCCAAGCGUGAGUUAAAUGACGACGAAGUCGCUGCCAACAAGAAGUUGAAGACCGACGACGACGUCAACGUCGAUGACAUUAACUUUGAAGAGUUGAGAAACAGAAUAUUGGUGCAUCCAAUUGAAACAACUGGCUCAUGCACACAUGAAGUUGCAUGUCCUCCAGGUCAUGGAUACACUCCACUUCUACCAGGAAGAGCAGAGCCUGCCAAAACUUACACAUUCACUUUGGAUGCUUUCCAAACUGAAUCCAUUCUUUGCAUUGAAAAUAACCAAAGUGUUUUGGUUUCUGCUCAUACUUCAGCUGGCAAAACUGUUGUUGCUGAAUACGCGAUUGCAACCUCCUUGAGAAAUAAACAACGAGUAAUCUACACAACACCGAUCAAAGCGUUGUCGAAUCAAAAAUAUCGUGAAUUUUACGAUGAAUUCAAAGACGUUGGCCUUGUGACUGGCGACGUGACAAUCAACCCCAGCGCUUCAUGUUUAAUCAUGACCACUGAAAUUCUGCGGAACAUGUUGUACCGCGGUUCGGAGAUUAUGCGUGAAGUCGGCUGGGUUGUCUUCGAUGAAAUCCACUACAUGCGUGACAAGGAACGAGGCGUCGUCUGGGAAGAAACGCUUAUCCUGCUGCCGCACAACGUGCACUUUGUUUUUCUUUCGGCGACUAUUCCCAAUGCAAGACAAUUUGCCGAAUGGGUAGCACAUUUGCACCAUCAGCCAUGUCACGUCGUCUACACUGACUACCGUCCCACGCCGCUGCAACAUUUUGUUUUUCCGUGUGGCGGACAAGGCAUCCACAUGGUUGUAGAUGAGAAUGGUACAUUUAAGGAGGACAACUUUUCCACUGCCAUGGCGGUGUUGGAAAAUGCUGGCGAUGCAGCAAAGGGUGAUCAGCGCGGACGCAAAAGUGGUUUUGCUAAUAAAGAUUCCGAGGGAACGGAUAUUUUUAAGAUUGUGAAGAUGGUUAUGGAGAGAAACUUUGCGCCAGUGAUUGUAUUCAGCUUCAGCAAGAAGGAUUGCGAACUUUAUGCAACAACCAUGACAAAGUUGGAUUUUAAUACAGGUGCUGAAAAACUACUUGUUGAUGAAGUCUUUUCAAAUGCCAUGGAUGUUCUCAACGAAGAAGACAAGCACUUACCACAAGUUGAGAAUUUACUCCCUUUGUUAAGACGCGGAAUCGGAAUUCAUCAUGGCGGUCUAUUGCCAAUUCUGAAAGAAACUAUCGAGAUUCUCUUUGCCGAGGGACUGAUUAAGGCAUUGUUUGCGACGGAGACGUUCGCCAUGGGCUUAAACAUGCCGGCGCGCACUGUGCUAUUCACAGGUAUGCGCAAAUUCGACGGACGUGAUUAUCGCUGGUUAACGUCUGGUGAAUAUAUACAAAUGUCCGGCCGAGCUGGUCGGCGUGGUUUGGACGACAAAGGUAUCGUUAUUUUAAUGGUGGACGAGAAGCUGCCGAAAGCGGAAGGCCGCGAAAUCGUCAAGGGUCAGCCAGAUCCGAUCAAUUCGGCGUUUCAUCUGACAUAUAACAUGGUAUUAAAUCUGUUGCGCGUUGAAGAGAUCAAUCCGGAGUACAUGCUGGAGCGUUCAUUCUAUCAAUUCCAGAAUCAGGCGGCCAUUCCGGGUCUUUAUGAUGAUUAUGAAAAAGUAAAACAGAAGUAUGACGCGUUUAAGAUUGACAACGAAGAAGAAAUCGCUUCGUAUUAUGCGAUUCGCACCGAGCUGGACGCCCUGGGUGAGCAAUUUCGCGGAUUUAUCACCAAACCGAAACACUUGGUGCAAUUUUUACAAGCGGGACGACUUGUUAAAAUUAAGAUGAACGGCAAUGAAUACGAUUGGGGUGCGAUCGUAAACUUUAAGAAGGUGGCGGAGACGACCGGUCGAAUGAAAGCUAAUCCGAUGAGGAGCGCCACUAAAAUUCAGGUCGACUUACUUUUGCAUGUGCUUCCCGCUGCGAGUAAGGAUGACGAGGAAAUUCCAAAACCUUGUCCAGCUAAUCAGGUUGGUGAAGUAGAAGUUUUGGCGGUUUCUUCAACGCUAAUAACUCAUAUUUCAUCGGUACGCCUGCACUGUCCGAACGAUUUGCGUUCACGCGAUGCUCGCCGUGGUGUACAUAAAGCCAUCUGCGAGGUGAAAAAACGCUUCCCUGGUGGUCCACCACUUCUUAACCCAAUUAACGACAUGAAAAUUUCUGACGGCGAGUUUGAAGGCAUCGUGAAAAGGAUUGAAAGUUUAGAAAAACGCAUGUAUGAACACCCUAUGCAUAAAAAGGACAGUCUUACCGGCGAUUAUGCAUCGUAUGAACAAAAAGUACAAUGCCAGGAACAACUAGCAGCCGCCAAAAAGAAACUGAUGGAUGCUAAAUCUGUUCUUCAGUUAGACGAGCUAAAAUGUCGCAAACGAGUUCUUCGGCGGUUAGGAUACUGCACGAAUGCGGAUGUUAUACAACUGAAAGGACGUGUAGCAUGUGAACUUAGCAGUGGUGAUGAAUUGCUCAUUUCCGAAAUGAUCUUCAACGGCAUAUUUGGCGCUCUUGCUCCUGCGCAAGCAUGUGCUCUGCUCAGCUGUUUUGUUUUCGACGAAAACACCUCUGGAAAUUCAUUUCCUAAGCUCUCCGAGGAGUUAUGUGGUGCCCUACGUCAAAUGCAAGACAUAGCGCGCCGUAUAGCCAAGGUGAGCACAGAAGCGCGACUUCCUCUUGACGAGGACAAGUAUGUGGAGCGUUUUAAGCCAGCCAUGAUGGAUGUCGUCUUUGCAUGGUGCAACGGAUCGGCGUUUUGUGAACUGUGUAAGAUGACCGAUGUGUUUGAGGGAUCGAUCAUUCGCUGCAUGCGACGACUUGAAGAACUUCUUCGGCAAAUGGUGCAGGCGUCGAAAACUAUAGGCAACACCGAUCUAGAAGAUAAAUUCAACACGGCCAUCAAACUAAUCAAGCGCGAUAUAAUUUUUGCAUCAAGUUUGUACUUGUAAUUUGCAGAUAUAAUUAGUAGUAAGAAUUUUAAAUUAAGCAACGACGUGCGAUGCUUUUUGGUGUGCGUUAGCCUUGGACGCGAUUGUUUUCGCGGAGGGUUGUGCUACCUGAAGCUUAACUUGGUACCUGGUGCCUCAGGCCAGUUUCAGUCGCCACUACAAUUCUUGGAAGUGCGACAUGACUGACGGUGGGGGUUUCACUACCCCUAGAAAUUUUUGUAUAAAUGGGGCUCGUUUGUCACGAGGCGAUUCAGUGUACAACCGAGUGUGAUCUUGAACACAUCUCGACUCCAGCAACAAAAUUGUUAGUUAAUCAGUUUGUAGUGACUGAGUGAUGUGCGCCGAUGGCGAGUUGUAAUAAAUCGCGAAUUCU